AUGGGUGGGUGUUCUUUCCCUGUUAAUAGCUCCUAUUAUAUGCUGGCUUUGCUGCAUCUGGUCACUAUCACCACUAUCACCACUGCUCGCCAAUCAGUUCUUUUUGGCUACGCUUUCUCAGCUCGCCGUGUUCUCCUCUUUUUGCUUUUCUCCUUUUCCCCUCUUCUUGUCCUUCCUUUCCUCUCCUCUCUACCCUCGUCCUUCUGUUUAACCUUUACUUCAAAAGUAAACCGGCUUACACUCCAGAUUCUGACAGCCGACGUCUAUCGCCCUUAUCAAGUAAGUGGGAUUUUCCAUCUCAUAACAUUCCUUUGCGUUGCUGUUUAUAUCCCACCCCCAAUACUCGGUACAUUCCGGACACGGUUCUCCGAGUCAGCAAUCACAU